UCGCCUCCCUCACCUUCUCGCAUUCAACUCACCAUCCAAUCUGCAUCUCAUCUGCUUCAUAUUGCUUCUUCCAAAACUGAAAUAGUUCGGAGAAGUCAGGUUAGCUUGUUCACAAUGAAUGGCAUGAAGAAGACUACCUACCUAGUUUUGGUUUUUGCCCUCUUUGUUAUUGAGGAGGGCAUUUGUCUGCAUGCAUGGGGAGGGGUUAAUGAAGAUGUUGAAGGAGGUGAAGAACAAGUCACCACUCCCAAAGAAAAUUACCAUAUUUCCACCCUCUCUCGGAAGUUGCUAGCCUUUCCUGGUUAUAAUAACAAUACAGGAUCCGAUUUGGUACCAGGCACGGACCCAGGUUUCGGUUUUGGAUCGGGCUCGAACAUGGGUUCGGGUUCAAGUAUGGGCUCAAACACGGAUUUGGUCCCGGAUGCAAACCCAGAUCCGAGAUUCAAUUUUGGGUCGGGCCCGAACAUGGGUUCAGGUUCGAGUACAGAUUUGGUUCUGGACGCAAACCCGAUAUCAGGUACGGGUACGGGGUCGAGUUUUACAAUCGGGCCAGGGGGACCAGGGUGCUCAACGUUGGACAUAUUAGUUGACCAAUUCGCAUCGGGCACGCUGUGGAAUGGGAUUCCCACCUACACAGUUAUCAUCACCAAUACCUGCUUCGCCGGCAGCAACGGCACCGGGAGCUGCACCUUUUCCGACAUCCACCUCAGCUGCGGUUGGUUCAGCUCUUACAUCCUCGUCAACCCCGAUGUGUUUCACAGGAUAGCGUACAACGAUUGCCUCCUCAAGAACGGCGGCAAUCUCAACCCCAAAGAAGCCGUCUCCUUCGUGUAUGCUGACAGCUUUCCAUACCCGCUCUCUGUCACAUCUGCUACCUGUUAAAUUAUAUAUUCAACCACGGAUAUGAUGUAGUAGUGAAUGCAUUACGCAUAUAUCUAAUGUAUUCAUUACUUCUUAUGUCCUAAAGUGAUAAUAUGACGAUACUCCCUUUAUUAUCUUUA